AUGCUGCGAGAAGAGAGCAGUGGUCGAAAAAAAGGCUCGAAGUAUAAGAUCGAUGGACAUAGCUGGUACGUUUUUUGGGUCAGAGGACCCAGUCUGGUCACGCUUUUCUCGACUCUUUUGGCUCAGCUGCGGUCGAUCGUGUACAAAGAGUGGAUGUGCAUACUGAGCACAAGGUAUUUGUUGUCGAUUUGGUCCCGCUCGCUGCUGAAUGGGUAUGCGCCCGAAAAGGGGAACGGCACCGUCGUCUAUUUGCGCGUCGCACGUAUCACUUCGAUUGGCAGCAGCCGUUACCGCCAUAGCAAACAAGGAGUCAGUUGUCAAGCGUCCGGUCCGAGUCUCCAGCGAAACAAAGGCCGAGCCCCGAGCGUCCAGUCGCGUCUGUGUGUGUGUUUGUGCAGAGAAGCAGUCGCGAGCGAGAAGACAAAACCCCCGUGUAGUUCGUCGCGGAGUGAGCGAGCAAACACGCGACUGAGCGACUGA